AUGCAAGCCAGGCGACAGCUGCUGUCCUCGGCCCAGCGCAUUGCUGGAGCCUCUGGUAGAGCUUCAAGAUCAGCGCUUAUACGACCAGCUAUUCGACCUCUACUCUCUGGAGCUUCAUCACUACGUCUUCUCCCAACAUCAACAGUAAGAACAAUUGCCGGAGGGCGUCCUCAGCCCCCAGGAGGAACUCAUAGAAUGAAUAUGGGGGGUGAGCCGGAGAAGCCUGCCCUGGAGCAGUUCGGCAUUGACUUGACUGCCAAGGCUCGUGAUGGUAAACUUGAUCCGGUCAUUGGACGGGAUGCCGAGAUUCAGCGUACAAUUCAAAUCCUCUCACGGCGGACUAAAAACAACCCGGUGCUUAUCGGAAAUGCUGGAACCGGCAAGACGGCCAUCUUGGAGGGACUAGCACUGCGCAUUGUUCGCGGAGAUGUACCGGAAAGCGUGAAAAAUAAAAGAGUGAUUUCUCUGGACCUUGGUUCGUUGAUUGCCGGUGCCAAGUUCCGGGGCGAUUUUGAAGAGCGACUCAAGAAGGUGUUAGACGAAGUCCAGAAAGCAGAAGGCCAGGUGAUACUCUUCAUCGACGAACUGCACACUCUUCUAGGAUUGGGCAAAGCAGAAGGCUCCAUUGAUGCCUCCAACUUGCUCAAGCCAGCACUGGCUCGUGGCGAACUCCAAUGCUGCGGUGCGACUACUCUUGCAGAGUACCGUGUUAUUGAGAAAGAUGUAGCGCUGGCCAGACGCUUCCAGCCCAUCAUUGUCAGUGAACCGACCGUAGAAGACACCAUCAGCAUCUUGCGAGGUAUCAAGGACAAAUAUGAAGUGCAUCACGGUGUACGAAUCACCGACGGUGCUUUGGUGGCCGCAGCUACCUUGUCGAAUCGUUACAUUACCGAUCGAUUCCUGCCAGACAAGGCCAUUGAUCUCAUGGACGAGGCUGCUAGCCACUUGAAACUGCAGCACGAAAGCAAACCUGAAGACAUCAUGAGGCUGGACCAUAAAAUCAUGACGAUUCAGAUCGAACUGGAGAGUUUACGCAAGGAAAAGGAUAUUGCGAGCAAGGAGCGCAGGGAAAAGCUGGAAAACGAUUUGAAGAAGCUUCAUGAUGAAAUUUCGGCACUCAAUGCCCGAUGGGACAAGGAAAGAUCCGAAAUCGAGUCAGUCAAGAAGGUGCAGGAGGACCUUGACAAGGCCAGAUUUGAACUUGAACAAGCACAGCGAGGCGGCGACUUUGCUCGAGCUUCCGAACUUCGAUUCAGCGUCAUUCCUGGCCUUGAGCGGAAGUUGCCGUCUGACAAAGAAGAGCAACAAGAGGAUGCUAAUGGAACGCUCAUCCAUGACUCGGUGACGGCCGAUGAUAUUGGCAAUGUCGUCUCUCGCAUCACCGGCAUUCCCGUGUCAAAGCUCACCUCCGGCCACAUUGAGAAAUUGGUUCACAUGGAAGAUACUCUGCGGGAAUCCGUCAAGGGACAGGAGGAUGCCAUCAAGGCCGUGUCCAAUGCUGUGCGGCUCCAGCGCGCGGGUCUGAGCGGCGACAAUCGCCCCUUGGCCUCGUUUUUCUUCCUAGGACCGACCGGUGUUGGUAAGACGGAGCUGUGCAAGAAGCUCGCCAACUUCCUCUUUUCAACCGAGUCUGCAGUUGUUCGGUUUGACAUGUCCGAGUUCCAGGAGAAGCACACCAUUUCUCGACUUAUCGGCGCUCCGUCCGGCUAUGUUGGUUAUGACGACGCGGGACAGCUCACGGAGGCGGUUCGUCGCAAGCCGUAUGCUGUUCUCCUCUUUGACGAGUUUGAAAAGGCGCAUCGCGACAUCUCCGCAUUGCUCCUUCAAGUUCUUGAUGAGGGUUAUCUCACAGACGCCCAAGGUCACAAGGUCGACUUUAAGAACACCAUCAUCGUGCUCACAUCCAACUUGGGAGCGGACAUUCUUGUUGGCCAAGAUCAUUUACACCCGUACAAAGAGGAUGCCAAUGGCGACAUUGAUCCGUCAGUUCGCCAGGCCGUCAUGGAUGUCGUCUCGUCUGCUUAUCCGCCAGAGUUUCUCAACCGCAUCGACUCCUUCAUCAUCUUUAAGCGGCUAGCGCAGAGUGCCAUUCGCGAGAUUGUUGAUAUCCGUCUUAAGGAGCUCCAGCAGCGUCUAGACGACCGACGCAUUACUUUAUCUGUACCAAACGAAGUCAAGGACUGGCUAGCGGAGCGCGGCUACGAACCCAAAUUUGGAGCACGGCCAUUGAAUAGGUUAAUCACAAACGAGAUUAGCAACGGACUUGCCGAUAAGAUCAUCAGGGGCGAGCUCAAGAUGGGCCAAACAGCCGAGGUGAGGAUUCGAGAUGACAAGGAAGGUCUUGAAGUUGUGCAUACGGAGACUGCUUGA